CUCUACACAAUCUACCUUCCAAACAAAACAAACCCACACACUCACUCACCACAGCCUCUUUCUCGCUCUAUGUCCUCUAGACCUCCGGACCAGACCUCCCCAUCUUCCUCCUCCUCCUCAUCAUCUCCAACAACAACAACAAGAAGAACUCGAUUGAGGAAGCUCUCCGACACAAUCCGAUUCUCUCUCCGCAAACCCACUACCACCACCACCUACAUCUACUUUCUCUCUCUCCUCAACCGAUUCCUCUCUAAAACCCUAGAUUUCCUCUCCAUGGAUUCCCUUCUCUUCCCUCCUGACGACGACGACACCAACGACCUCUUCUUGGACCGCUCUCUCCUCACCCCCCACCCUUCCUCCUCCUCCUCUUCCCUCCCCAUCGAACAACUCUACUUCGUUCCCUACAGGUGGUGGAGUGAGGCGCGGGAGUCGUUGUUUGGGGACUCGGGUGAGGUGAAGGGGGUUUUGUAUGCGGCGGAAUGGUCUGGUCCUCGUUUGGGGACUAUGGGGAUUUGGGUCUAUGAUUCCAAGAUCGAAAUUUCGCUCAAUUUGAGGAGAGAAGACUGUUCCCGGAAGAGUGAUUGUGGGGAACAAGGCGAUUAUGCUUUGAUUGCGGAAUGGAUGUUCUUGCGAGCUCUUAAAUGGCAUAGUGAUGGAAUGGAAGUUGGAGGCUUUAUAGCUGCUGAAGAUCACAUGCAGGACCUGUUCCCUUUACGUAUCAGGCUUUCGGUUUCGUGGGAAACAGAUUUAUUGGUUGUAAAGAUUAGUCAGAAGGACAACAAAAUUUCAGCUUUCAGUAGAGCCUGUGAUAUUUUUUGUGUUGAGUCUGGGCUGUUGAGUAUUUGGGACUUCUCAGGGCAGACAACACAAAUUUUCACACAUGACAGAAUUAAGUUAUCUGAUGUUUCAGAUCAACCAGAUGAAGAGGAAACACCAAAUUGGUUGUUACUUCUGAUUCCUAUAAAGAUUCAUCUAGAAUUGCAAGUCUAUGGAUCGUCAUUUUUUAUGAAGAUGGGAGGCGGAAGGCAAGAUGAAAUGACAGUAGAGCAGUCUAUUGUUGGAGGUUCCCUUCGUGGUGGUUCACUUCAGAUGAACGGGAACACUGACCAUGUUAACUCAUAUAUUAGAGUUAAUAGAAGUUCACCAUUUGGUAGCAGCUACAAGGAAGCUUGUAACUUGGGCUUAACAGGGUUAUAUAAUCUUGGGAACACUUGUUUCAUGAACAGUGCCAUUCAGUGUUUGGUGCAUACUCCAAAGCUUGUUGAUUAUUUUCUUGGAGACUACAGAAAGGACAUAAAUACUGAAAAUCCCUUGGGCAUGAAUGGUGAACUUGCUUUACUAUUUGGAGAUUUGUUAAGGAAGUUAUGGGCUCCAGGAGCAACACCAGUAGCUCCAAGAGCGUUCAAAUCGAAACUUUCUGCUUUUGCACCUCAAUUCAGUGGUUAUAACCAGCAUGAUUCCCAAGAAUUUCUUGCUUUUUUGUUGGAUGGGCUCCAUGAAGAUCUCAAUCGUGUGAAAUACAAGCCUUACAUAGAAGCAAAGGAAGCAGAAGAUCGGCUUGAUGAAGAAGUGGCAGAUGAGCACUGGCGGAAUCAUCUGGCUCGCAAUGACUCCAUCAUAGUUGAUGUGUGCCAAGGUCAAUACCGUUCAAAAUUGGUUUGUCCAGCUUGCAAGAAAUUGUCCGUUACAUUUGAUCCAUUCAUGUAUCUUUCGUUACCACUACCUUCAACAACAAUGCGCUCAAUGACUUUGACAGUCAUGAGCACUGAUGGGAGUACUUUGCCAUUUCCAGUCACUGUAACUGUACCAAAGUAUGGAAGAUGUAAGGAUCUAGUGCAGGCCUUAAGCACCACAUGUUCUUUGAGAGAUGAUGAAAAACUGUUGGUAGCUGAGAUUUUCAACAAUCGCAUUCUUCAUUUUUUGGAUAAUUCAUCUGAUACGAUAGAGCUUAUUCGAGAUAAUGAUCUGCUUGUCGCUUAUAGAUUGCCAAAAGACAGUGAGACAUCUUCUUUGGUUGUAUUCAUGCAUGAACAGGUGGAGAGGCAUUUCUUGAAUGCAACUUCAUCUUCAAAGAUGUUUGGUAUUCCUCUUGUAGCAAGGAUAUCCGACCUUUCUAGAGGAUCUGAGAUACGUAGAGAGUUCCUAAAAUUACUAAAUUCAUUUUUAAUGCCGGUGGAAGAUUCUUUGAACGAAGUUGAUAAUGAUCAAAACAGUGCUAAUGAAGAUAUUGAUAUGGAGGAUGUUAUUAGCUCCAGAUUAUCAGAUAGAGAUGUAAACUCAGACAGUGGAUCAGGGGAUGACUCACAUUUGGGUCCCGACGACUUCCAGUUUUACUUGAUGGAAGAGAGGGGAGGAUUAUUGUCAAAAGUUCAAAAGAUGCAGAUGAAUGAGAUAGUAACAAUCUCAGAGUUAACCAGGCCCAUAAAUGUACUUGUUUCUUGGCCAGAUAAAAUGACUAAACUAUACGAUACUUGCCUUCUAAGCUCAUUGCCACAGAUUUGCAAGCCUGGGUUACUAACAAAGGAACCUAAAGAAUCUGUUUCACUUUAUAAAUGCCUUGAAGCCUUUCUGAAAGAAGAGCCUCUUGGACCAGAAGACAUGUGGUACUGUCCUAACUGCAAGAAGCAUCGACAAGCCAGCAAAAAGUUAGAUCUCUGGAGAUUGCCAGAGAUUCUGAUUAUUCAUUUAAAGAGGUUUUCAUACAACCGGUUUUUCAAGAACAAGCUGGAAACAUUUGUUGACUUCCCAAUUGAUGAUUUUGAUCUAUCAACUUACAUUGUUCAUCAGAGUGCCCAGGUGUCCCAUCGUUAUGUGUUGUAUGCAGUUAGUAAUCAUUAUGGUGGCAUGGGUGGCGGUCACUACACUGCUUUUGUCCAACUUGGGCGUGAUCGGUGGUAUGAGUUUGACGACAGCCUUGUCUCCCCCGCUAGCAAGGAGCAGAUAAAGACAUCAGCCGCCUAUGUUCUUUUUUACCGGAGAAUACCAGAUGUAUGAUAUAUGACAACAUGGCCAGUAUAGUCGUUACAUUUGAAAAGCCGGGUGGACAGAGCGGCUUUGUUUUCUUUUUGAACUUUCCAUUUGCAAGUGUGCAGCAUUUUUGGUUCUUUGAGUUUGGAAUUUGGUUAAAAAACUGAAACUCAGCAUCUUUUGCACAUGGAUCAGAAUUACAGGAAACCCAAACCCAAUAUAGAGGUAACAGAGUUGAUAAAAUUUUAUUAUGUAUAUAUGGUAGGACAAUGGGGAGGAUAUCAAAUACUUACCAAAGAGCAUGUCUUUUUGUGUUUUAUUGGUACGUGCUUUGCUUGCUACCUCCGAAAGAAAAUAUUUCCAAAUAUGUUCAUUAAUUCAGUUUUAUGAAGGAGAAGCUGCCUUUAGUCUGAUAUUCCUGGAACUAUUGUGUAUAUAUAUAUCGAAAUUUGAAAAUAUGAUGAAAUGCAUUUUGAUCGCUCUCUCAAUUGAAGUC